AUGGUUGGAACGGAGUGCUCGGACCGCGUGAAGGUGCUCAUGGAGGCGCAGCGCAAGUGGGCCAACGAGGCUCGCGCGCUGCGGAAGAACCUGACAGAUGUCACCCGGGACGCGAUGGGGCUGGAGGAGGAGCUGGAGAAGGCGCAAACAGCUUACAAGCAGACGCGGCAAGAGCUGGAAUCUGCACUGAGCAGACAGCAGCAGCACAAGGCGCAAGAGCAGAGCGCACAACAACAGGGACAGCAGAAACAAGAAGCAGCACAUGUAAAGGCAGCGUCGGAAGGGCAGACAGGAGCCGGGGGAGCGGGGGGUAGCAUACGAGGAGGGAAACUGCAGGAUGGGGGAGUGGUGCAGGCAGGGGGAGCAGGGAGAGCAGGGAGGAUGCGAGGAGGAGGCGAUGCAAAGGAUGCAGUGGCAGCGGUGGUGAUCAUGGCGUGCAACCGCGUGGACUAUCUCGACCGCACCAUCCAAUCCGUGCUGCUGCACCACAAGGGCGCUGACAGCAAGUUCCCCCUCUUCAUCUCCCAGGACGGCACGAAUCCAGGAGUCAAGGAUAGGGCCAAGCAAGCCCACCAAUUCACCUACCUGCAGCACAUCGAGACAGCACCACCCAGAAUGAACAACCCAGGAGAGAACAUUGCAUAUUACAGAAUAGCAGAGCACUACAAAUUUGCCCUCACAGAGCUUUUUGACCGACGGCAGUUUCCACGAGUCAUCAUUCUCGAAGACGACAUGGAGCUAGCUCCUGAUUUCUUUGAUUUCUUUGAAGCCGCCUCCAACCUGCUGGAUGUGGACGAAUCCAUCCUGGCGGUAUCCUCGUGGAAUGACAACGGCCAGAAGCAAUUCGUGCACGACUCACACCAGCUGUACCGCUCGGACUUCUUCCCGGGGCUGGGCUGGAUGCUGAGGAGAGAGCUGUGGGCGGAGCUCAAGCCCAAGUGGGCCCGAGCCUACUGGGACGACUGGCUGCGCCUCCCAGAGCAGCGCAAGGGCCGCCAGACCAUCCGCCCGGAGGUCUGCCGAACCUACAACUUCGGAGAGCAUGGUUCCAGCAUGGGUCAAUACUUCAGCCAGUACCUGGCACCAAUCAGGCUCAACACCGAGCCCAUCAACUGGGCUCUGAAGGACCUCAGCUAUCUGCUAGACGUCAGCUACCCCUCCUACAUGCUCUCGCAGCUGCGCUCAGCUCGCCUCAUCCCCCUCGCAGCAGUCAACACCGAGGUGGUAACCCCGUCGGAGCUUGGUUACGAUGUCAUGGUGGAGUAUCGAGAUGAGAGCAGUUUCGCGGAGCUUGCGGGGGAGUUUGGGGUGUUUCAGGAGUGGAAGGCGGGGGUGCCGCGCACGGCUUAUAGCGGGGUGGCCGCACCUGCGCUCGAUGGACACUCGUCCGCACCUGCCACGGCAGCGCGAAUCGCGGUGGUAGGCGCGGGAAUCUCGGGGCUUGUCGCCGCGUCGAUACUCGCGGAGCGCGGGGCACACGUGGCGGUGUUUGAUUUGGGGAGGGGUCCAGGGGGCCGCAUGUCGCAGCGGAGGGAAAGCAUCGCCGUUUCGCCACGUGUCAGUUCUGCCAAGCCAGCCGUCGACCUGCCGAACCUAGAGGCCAGGUUCGACCACGGCGCGCAGUACUUCACCAUCAGCGAUCCGAACGUGCUGACGUUCCUGGAGCAGCGGUUCGGGGGAGCGGGAACGGGGGCGCUGGCGGAGUGGAAGGGACGGUUUGGAGUGUGGGACGCGGAGAAAGGAAAAAUUAUACCGGAGGGGGGAGAGGACGCGGGAAAAGUGCAAGAAGAGGGUAACUUCGGGAUUAAGAAGCGGUUUGUGGGCGUACCUGGAAUGAACGCCCUCUGUCAGACGCUGCUCCUCCCCUCACCCAUGGCUUCCGCGGUAAACAUCAAUGCUAGAUUCGGCGUCCAGGUGGCACGAGCAGAUUGGCUAGAGCACAAAAGCUCUGCGGGAGUGUCUGAGGUAGACGAGGGCACCCCUCUCCUUCCGUCUUGGGAGCUGUUCUCGUCUUUCGGAGAUUCCCUAGGUUGUUUCCACGGCCUGGUUAUUGCUGCGGCAUACCGAACCAUGCCUGUGGUCCUCCCUGACCUGCCGAGCCUAGCUCAGGUUCGGCAGGGCCUGGCGGAGGUCCGGGCGUCGCCCAGGUUUGCGAUGAUGCUGGCGUUCGCCGAGCCUCUUAGCCACGUGGCGUUUGAUGGCGUGGAUGUGGUAGGGAGUGACGUGGUGGGGUGGAUUGGGAGGGACAGCAGCAAGCCGGGCAGAGCAAGGAGAGACGGAGGGCAAGACAGAGCAAACCAGAGCAAGGCAGAAGUAGGGUACCAAGAGGAGCAGUAUGCAGAGUGUUGGGUGGUUCACUCCACUGCUCACUACGCCUCCUCCCUCCUCGCGUCUGCUCCCCCCGGCCGCCCCUCCCCGGACCUCCUUGCACGCGUGGCAGACGACAUGUGGCGCGCUGUGAAGCCGAUCCUGGGCAGUGGCCGUGGGAGAGGAGGUGGUCAGAGUGUGAGAGGAGUGGAGGGGGAAGAAGGGUUGGAGCCGGUUUUGAGGAAGGUGCACAGGUGGGGAGGGGCGUUUCCUGUAGCGGGGGUGGCACCAGCAGGUGACAAGUGCCUGUGGAGCGAGGGGGGCCGGGUGGCCGCGUGUGGGGAUUUCUGUGUGGGGGGUCCAACGAGAGGGUUGGUGGAAGGUGCUGUGGCUAGUGGCAUGGAAGCAGGGCGGAAGCCGUAUCUGCUGCCAGCACGGAGCGUCGCUGCAGUGCUGCAUACCCUGCGCAAGCAGCACGCACCAACCGUGGCCCUCCAUGUGUACUGGAGGCUGAGGGCGGCUGGACAGCUGUCGUUUCACUGCAAUGACGUGGCACUCGCCGCGUGCUGUGGCGUGGAGACGGAUUAUAGACUGGCGGAGUAUGAGAGGGCGGAGAGGCGGCAGGGGGGAGGGUGGGGCGGGGGAGGUGCGGAGGGGAAAGGGGGAGCGGAGGAGAUGGGGUUUCUGGGGAGCUCUGAAGGAGAUGGGUUGCUGGGGGGGGAGGAGGGAGAGGAGGGGGGAGAAGAGGAAGUAGAGGAGGAGGAAGGGGAGGGAGGAAGUGAAGUUGGAGCGAUGGAGGAGGGAAUGGAAGGGGAGGGGGGGGGCGAGGGAGGCGAGGGGGAUUGGGAGACGGGUGGCAGCAGCAGCACUACCAGCAGCAGCAGCAGCAGCAGCAGCAGCAGCAGGAAUGGCAAUGACAGGCAUAGCAAUGUGUGGCACAGCGAAGGCUGGCCGAGCAUCAACUGGCGCAGCAGGGGCAUGGCCCCGCCGUGGGUGCUCACGAGUCCCACCGUCCAGGCAGCUCUGGGCACCCACGCUCCUGCCCCCGCCCUGCACAUGCUGGCCGCGCAAGGCCUCUCCACAGGGCAGGGAGAGUUGGAUUCCGCUCAAAUGCCAGCGCUGCACAUGCUGCCUGGACAGGGGCUUGUGACAGGGCGCAUGGGUGAGGGGGAAGUGAAACAAGGGGCCAGGGGCGAGGCGAACGUUCUAGAGAGUGGACUGGGAGACGUUGGUCUGGUGGAAGCAGAUGGUGCUGCUGCUGCUGCUCUCUUGCUCUCUCAUCAAGCCACCACUCUCCCUGGCCCCUCCCCUCACUCCCAAGCAUCAUGUAGAUCUCAAGCCUCCCCAGCCGACUGGCCAGCCAUGGAAGCACGCUUACCCGUGCUGUCCGCGCUGAUUAGGUUCGAGGAGAGGUUCGGCAUAGGCUCGAGCGCGUGGGAGGAGGUUCGGGCGCUGGGGCUGUGGGAGAGAGCAGCUUUGGAGAUUCUGGCCGAGUCCCGGGGCAAGUUGCAGAGGUUCGGAGGGGAGAUGGCUCGGCCGUACCACAGGGUGCUGAUGGCUCUGGCUCUGAGAGGAUGGGACGAUGAGAUUGCUCAGGUGAGAGAGAAAUGCCUGGUGCGUUUGUCUGAGGUGGCUUUGAGGCGCCUCAAACGUUGGUCGUACCACCGGGUGCUGAUGGCUCUGGCUCUGAGAGGAUGGGACGAUGAGAUUGCUCAGAGUUGGGAGAGUUACUUGGUGCCUGCUAAUUUGCCUGAUGCGUGGAGGAUAGUGAUUCGCGCGACUCACCCUUAUGCUCAGCUCACAACCCUCACUCACGCCCUGCAACUGUCUCCGCCACUCUGCAACUGUCUCCGCCACUCUGCAACUGUCUCCGCCACUCUGCAACUGUCUCCGCCACUCUGCAACUGUCUCCGCCACUCUGCAACUGUCUCCGCCACUCUGCAACUGUCUCCGCCACUCUGCAACUGUCUCCGCCACUCUGCAACUGUCUCCGCCACUCUGCAACUGUCUCCGCCACUCUGCAACUGUCUCCGCCACUCUGCAACUGUCUCCGCCACUCUGCAACUGUCUCCGCCACUCUGCAACUGUCUCCGCCACUCUGCAACUGUCUCCGCCACCCUGCAACUGUCUUCUCUUCACCAUUGCCCCAUGGAUGGAGCAGGACUCCUCACAACUGCUACUGCAUCUGCCAAGCGCCACUGCCACUGCCAACCUGCCAAGCGCCACUGCCACUGCCAACCUGCAUUUAUCUCCUCUCCGCCAAACCCACCCCUACCUACCACUGCCCCCAGCAGUGUUACAUUCGCUGCUGUUGCUGUUGCUGUUGCUGCUGCUGCUGCUGCUGCUGCUGCUGCUGCUGCUGCUGCUGCUGCUGCUGCUGCUGCUGCUGCUGCUGCUGCUGCUGCUGCUGCUGCUGCUGCUGCUGCUGCUGCUGCUGCUGCUGCUGCUGCUGCUUCUGCCGCCGCCUCCGCCGCCGCUCUAGCCUUACAGCACCAGUGGGAUGACAUGCUGCUGCUGUUCCCCCACGCGCUCACAUUCUACUUUGAGUCGCACGGGUGGGAGCGCAUCACCCUCUGGAGCUCCGCCCUCGCUGCUGUCGGCCAGGCGUGCCGCCCCGACGUGCUCAAGAGCAUGGUGGACGCUGCUGAAGCCACGGGGCUGGCUGAUGCGCCGUUCUCUCUCCCGGAUGGCACACAACUCACACGAAGGCAGUUCCUGGGGGCCAACUACUGGAAGGGCUUCCGGCCGCUCGUGGAAAGGCAGGGGCGGCAGGGGGUGUCAGGGGGCGAGUUUGAGCGCACGUGGGGGCUGGUGAGGCAGGCGGUGGCGGCCACGGGGCUGCACCCCCACGAGGGCAUUUCCUCCCUCCUCAUCUCCGGCCUCUGUGUCAAUGGCCAGCUCGACAGGGCGAUGGACGUGUUGGAGGAGAUGCAGCAGAUGGGAUUCGCCCUCACCCCGCGUGUCUUCGACCCACUACUGCUGCAGCUCGCACGCUCCAAGCUCUUCAAGGAGGCGCUCGCCCUGGCGGAUGUCAUGCGCCGCAUGGACGGGGGACUCACUGUGGCCUCAUUUAGCAGCUUGAUUGAGGCGUGCUUGCAGAUCGACAACAUCCCUAUGGCACUGGAGCUAGUAGCAGAGAUGAGGAGCACGGGCGUGCAGAGGAACAGCUACAUCUACACACCCAUCAUCCACGCCUUCUCCCAGGGGAAGCUUUCAGCAGCAAUGGGAGUGCUCCGUGAGAUGAUGGCAGACGGCAUUCGCCCCAACGUGGUGGUGUUCACGCAGCUGCUGCACGGCUGUGCCCUCGCCCGCAACCGAGCCAUGGGCAUGCGCGUGAAUGAGAUGAUGCAGCAGCACGGCGUGCCGCCCAAUGACUACCUGCAUGCCGCUAUGGUGGAGCUGCAUCACAAGACGGGGGAUGUGAAUGGCGCCAUGGAGUACCUGGCAGCAGCAGAGGCAGCAGGGCACAAAGUAGGUGCCAACGCAGUGAGCGCUUUAGUCGAGGCCCUGGCGGCAGCAGGGCGCACAGAGGCAGCCCUUGCAGCGUUCCACAGGGGGCGAGCACAGGGCGUGCAGCCGCUGCCGUACGCCGUGGGGACCAUGAUCAUGGCCCUUGGACGGGCAGGCAAGGUGGAGGAGAUGAUGGCGCUGUUUCGAGAGUCACGCCGAGGGGCAAGAGGGGCGCGGAGGGUGCAGGGGUGUUUCCAGAAGGGGGACAGGUGGACACGGGGGAGUGGGGGGGAAGGGGAGGAUGGGGGGGAUGGAGGGAAGGGCGAGGGCGGUGAGGGUGGAAGGCAGUGGGAGGGCGUGACGUGGCAGCAGGAGAUGCGGAGUGGGCAUGCGCUGGUGGUGCAGACGCUGGCGUGUCUUGUGCAACUCCAUGACGUGCAGUACGGCCCCUGCUCUCCUCUCCCUCCUUCCUUUCCCUCCCUACCUCUUGCCCUCCCACCCUACCUCUUUCCCUCCCUCCCUACCUCUUGCCCUCCCACCCUACCUCUUGCCCUCCCUACCUCUUGCCCUCCCUCUCAACCUCUUCCGUCUCACCUCUGUGCAUUCUUACUGUGGCCACUGCAAAACGCCAUAAGCAGCGCUGUGAGUCUCUGGCUUUAG